UUAUCAUCUUCAAGGAUAAGAUGCAAUAGACAUGGAGCCAGAUGAAAGGUUGGGAUUGGGGUUUUUUUAUAAAGCUGCUCAAGCGUAAAUUACGUGCCGCAAGAGAAUUACUUCGAGAUUGUUGUGUCUGUAUCAUACUCUUUCUUUUGGUUUUGUUCCUGCCGGGGUGCAAAAGAAUACUUGGUACCAGUCAUUGCUCACCAUUACACAUUCGAAUAUUCCAAUAACUUUCCUUUCUCUGAGAGUCAUAGGAUUAUUGACGCCGUUAUAAGAUGAAUAAUGUACUGUGUAUGGACAGAUAAUGUUGAGAUGGUACUCAAUCACGAGUUUGAAUCCUUGUCUGAAGUCACUUGUCCUUUUGAUUUGCGGCGUGUCCAAUUUGUUAUACAGUAGUUUUGUGUUGCAUUUCGACGCAUGUGACAAAAUCUGUCUGACUGUUCGAAAGACAGUUAUAUAAUGGAGAGUAGUAAAAUGUCGGGGAUUCCUGUGGAUCGUAAAACACAGAAAUUGCAUAGAAUAUUCUUGCUCGGAGCGACGACAUGUGUAGUGGGUUAUAAGAUCUUGAGGGGUCUCUCAAUACUCAUGAAAGAGGCUAAUCUUGACGGGUUCGGACCACACGCUUCGUUGUGGUUGUUGUUGCUGGUGCUCCAUUGGUUCGUCUUCUAUCGCCUGUAUUUUCAUCCUUUGGCGGCAUAUCCUGGUCCGAUUUUGGCUUCCUUUACCGACUGGUACAAUGUUCAUCAUUGUCUUAAGGGCGACCGUCAUUUGAAUGAAUAUCGACUCCAUCAAAUCUAUGGACCGAUUGUACGAAUUGGGCCGAAUCGAUUAUCUUUCGAUAGUACCACCGCUCUUCAAGAUAUAUAUAGCUCUGUCUCCAACACGCAGAAGUCCGACUUUUAUACAAUAUAUCACUAUUUUUUCAAAGUUCCAUCUAUCCUCACCACUAUCGACAAAAAGAUUCACGCACUAAAGAGACGUAUUCUGGUUAAAGCUCUGAAUCCGCAGGCGGUGCAAGAGCUACAGAAUUUGGCCUAUCAAAACACUCAACGCUUCUCCGAAUAUCUUCGAGAAGGCAAAGAUGGGCUGGUGUCAGCGGGCGAAUGGACGCACGCUCACGAUAUUUCAAAAGCUUUGACAUACCUACAAGCAGACAUUAUGGGUGAUGUAACUUUCAGUCGUAAUUGGGGUAUGUUAAAUGACGAGGAAAAUCGUCAUAUGGUUGGCCUCAUGUCUGAUUCGGCUCUUGCUAUGAACACGCUAGGGCAUAUGCGUACAAUUGAGAAACUCGGUCUAUUCAAAUUGAUCCCACCAUCUUUCAUGCAUGGUGCCAAGAAGCUUUUCGCUCUCAGCAAAUCUCAGACAGAUUGGCGGAUAAAUCACAGAGAUGAUUUAGCUAACAAAGAUAUUUUCUCUGCCCUUCUUGCUACACAGGAUCAAGAAGGUGGACAGACCUAUACUCAAGAACAAUUGAUUUCUGAAGCCGGUGUCUUGAUAAUAGCCGGCAUGGAUACCACUGCAACAGGGCUAACGGCAACCAUCUUUUAUCUUCUUCACUACCCACUCGUCUAUGAACGAUUGGAAAGGGAAAUUAGAGAGACAUGGGCUAAGGUAAGUGAAAUCAAAGUUGGGGGAAAGCUGAACGACUACAAAUAUCUUACGGCAUGUAUUGACGAGGCCAUGCGACUUUCACCCGGUGUUGGGGCCAAUAUACCAAGGGAGGUAGUGAAAGGCGGAGCUGUCAUCGAUGGUUGCGCCAUUCCAGCUGGAGUUACAGUUGGGGUCUCCGCCUACAGUAUUCAUCACGAGGAAAGGUAUUUCGAAGAUCCGUUCGUUUAUAGGCCUGAGCGUUGGCUUGAUGGAGAGGGUGAAAAUGAGUCAUCAAAAGGAAAUGCCCGAGACUCCAAAGUCUUUGAACCGAAAGCAUUCACCCCAUUUGGCACUGGGAGAACAAGCUGCAUAGGUAAAUAUCUAGCGUAUCAGGAGAUGGGAGUGGUAUUGGCACGAUUGAUCUGGGAAUUUGAUAUGAGAUUGAGUGUUCAGGAGGGAGUAGGACUUGGGGAGGGUAAGAAGGGAAUGGGCUGGGGCAGGGAGAGGAAGCAAGAGUUCCAGACUUGGGACAGAUUUGUGAGUUGGCAUGAAGGUCCAAUGGUGGAGUUUAGAUUGCGAAGCGGCGAUGAGAGUAACAGGGAUGGUUUGUGAAGUGUUAGGCCCAUCAGGUAGUCUUGAUUGAGAAUGGUGUAAUCAUCUCAACUGUUGGGACAGCGGAGCACUAGGGAAGCGGCCGAGUGAUUUUAUUGUCUCUUUUUUUCGCGUUUGAUUCGUAUCUGCAGGUCAAACCUUCAGAGUAGAUCAAACUUAAACUUCUCGCCAGGCUUUAUUACGUAGGAAUUCUACGAUAUAGCACGAAAACUUCUUCAGCUCCAUAUUGACAUCAAUGUUUAAUUUUCCUAGUGUACGGGCCAAUCCCAAUAUUCUGCAAGUAAAUCAUACAGUUUAAAUGAUUCUAGACUUUGGAAAUGGGCCUGAGGAGAAGUGCUUGGAUACCCAUAAUUAUUCGAAUGAAGAU